GUGAAUCGAUAGAGUUCUGUGCCGAUCGUGGGAAAAUAGGAAGAGGAAGGUUAGAGUUCAGUUGUGUCCUGGUGCGCGCGGGUGACGUGAGCUAAAAGCAGCUGGUGGGAUUUGCGGUUAGAAGAAGGAGGUUUUCCUGAACAUAUUUGGAGGGGAAAAGGAAGAAAUUCCACGGCGUUUUGACCAGGUUCCCAUCAGCGAUCAUGGCACAAUACAAAGGAGCUGCCAGCGAGGCUGGCCGGGCCCUUCAGUUGAUGAAGAAGAGAGAGAGGCAACGUGAGCAUAUGGAGCAAAUGAGGCAACGCAUCGCUGAGGAGAACAUCAUGAAGUCAAACAUCGAUAAGAAAUUCUCUGCCCAUUAUGAUGCAGUGGAAGCUGAGCUGAAAUCUAGCACCGUUGGUUUGGUGACCCUCAAUGACAUGAAGGCCAAGCAAGAGGCCCUUGUAAAGGAACGGGAGAAGCAGCUAGCCAAAAAGGAACAGUCCAAAGAAUUACAACUAAAAUUGGAACGGAUGCGGGAGCGGGAACGCAAGCAGGAACAAAAGCGUAAGAUCUCAAGCCUGUCCUUCACUCUGGAUGAAGAGGAGGAAGAUGAUGCUGAGGAAGAAGAUGAGGAAGCAGAAUUGGAACGAGAAGAGUUGCCUCCCAAAAAGAAGAAACUUGGGAAGAACCCAGACGUGGACACUAGUUUCCUCCCUGACCGUGACCGUGAGGAAGAAGAAAACCGCCUGCGAGAAGAGCUACGGCAAGAGUGGGAGGCCAAACAGGAAAAAAUCAAAAGUGAAGAAAUUGAGAUCACGUUCAGUUACUGGGAUGGCUCUGGGCACCGCCGAACGGUGAAGAUGAAAAAGGGAAACACCAUUCAGCAGUUCCUGCAGAAGGCCCUGGAAAUCUUGCGCAAGGACUUCAGUGAGCUUCGGUCAGCCGGUGUGGAGCAGCUUAUGUACAUCAAGGAAGAUCUCAUCAUCCCACAUCAUCACAGCUUCUACGAUUUCAUUGUCACCAAGGCCCGAGGAAAAAGCGGCCCGCUCUUCAAUUUCGACGUCCAUGAUGAUGUCCGGCUUUUGAGUGAUGCAACAGUGGAGAAAGACGAGUCCCACGCCGGUAAAGUCGUACUUCGCAGCUGGUAUGAGAAAAACAAACAUAUUUUCCCCGCGAGCCGAUGGGAGCCUUACGAUCCAGAGAAGAAGUGGGACAAGUAUACGAUCCGCUGAGCCACCACUGUUGGAGCUCCUGAUCCACUCGGUGCGUGUCUGUGUGUGUGUGGAAUCUGGCUGUGCGUGUGUGUCGAACCUGGCUCUUGCCACCGCAGAUCUCCUGCGGUAUUUCUAGAGCUUCCACCUUUUCAGCUACACCUUGUCCAUAUUUGUACCACCCUUCAGCGAAAUAAACGUUUGCUUUUCCCAACCCUGAA